AUGUUGCUCAUCGCGCGUGAGGUGCGGCGCCUGAGGAGCAUCACACUCUUCAUCAUCCGCGCUCCCAAUGGCGAGAAACACCCUGGCUUGGUUAGUGCUGUGAAAUGUGGUGUUUUGAUCAUGGCACGGGGUCUGAUACCGUGGAUCUGGCUGAAGCGACCCGUCUAUAUCCAGGCCCGGUUUUCAUACCUACACAUGAAGUUCCUGUUUUUCUCCUGGUUGGCGGUUUUCGUGGGAAGCUGGGUGGUGUACGUAGAAUACUCUUCAUACACAGAGUUGUGCCGUGGACACGAGUGCAAAAACACUAUUUGUGAUAAAUUCCAGAAGGGGGUGAUUGAUGGUUCAGCCUGCAACAGCUUGUGCGAAAAGGACACUCUUUACUUGGGGAAGUGUCUCUCUGCCAAACCCAGCAAUCAGGUCUAUUCAGGCAGUUGGGGUGAUAUGGAAGGAAUCAUAAAGUGCCAGAUGAAGGAAGACCCUCAUUAUGAUCUGGGUUUUGAACUUGAGCCCCGAAAAGAAUCUGCAUCCUUCAGCAGGCCAACCAAAGGCACAUCAAUGCAGAAGUUCAAGGAAAUGGUUUUCAACCAUCUAAAGGCAAAAGUAGGAGACCAAGCAAACUUAGCAGAUCUGCUGACCCUGGUGCUGGGAGUCGCCGACAGCAACAAGGAUGGGGAGAUUUCAUUGUCAGAAGCGCAUUCGGCCUGGGCUUUACUACAGCUCAAUGAAUUCCUGCUGUCUGUGGUGCUGCAGGAGCGAGAACACACUCCCAGACUGCUGGGCUUCUGCGGGGACCUAUAUGUUAUGGAGAAGGUGCCUUAUGUUCCCCUGUACGGCGUCAGCCUGCCAUGGAUGGUAGAGCUGUGGAUUCCUGCCAGUCUGCGGCGAAGCAUCGACCAGUGGGCCACCCCAUCCUGGCCUCGCAAGGCCAAGAUAGCCAUCGGCCUGUUUGAGCUGGUCGAGGACCUCUUCCACGGCACAUUCGGGAGUUUCCUCAUGUGUGACGUUAGCGCUACGGGAUUUGGUUAUACAGAGCGCCAUGAUAUAAAGGUGGUAGAUGCAAGGCAGAUUGUGCCUGAAGUUGGUUUUCAGGAAGUGAUGCGCGAGAGGCGUUGUGAGGAGGACACUGACUGUGUGUAUGGAAGAGACUGCUUUACUUCAUGCGAUCUUACUAAACACCGCUGCACUACAGAGGUCACACAACCCAAUCUGGCUAAGGUAUGCAGCACACUGAAGGACUAUGUUCUGUACGGCGCGCCAUCAGACAUUAGAGACGAACUGGAGAAACAAGUGUACGCCUGCAUUGCUCUCAAAGGUGCCAGCGAACAGAUGGAAAUGGAGCACUCGCUGAUUCUCAACAACCUCAAAACUCUUCUUUGGAAGAAGAUAUCACACACUAAAGACUCAUAGUGAUUUAUCAAACUCAAGUUGUUCUUAUAUAUACACUGUAGAACACAAAAGAGACAGUAUGAACGACAGAAUGGGACCAUCUGACUGAAAUCAGACCACUUAUAAUUUGCCUAACUACUUGUCUUUAUUUUUGGCCUGGAUUUGCAGACUGCUGUCUAAAGCAGGGAUGGGCAAACUCGAUCCUGGAGGGCCGGUGUCCCUGCAUAGUUUUGCACCAACCCUAAUCAAACACACCUGCUUGUAGCUUUCUAGUCAUCUUGAAGACACUAAUUAGGGUGUUCAGGUGUGUUUGACUAGUGUUGGAGCAAAACUCUGCAGGGACACCGGCCCUCGAGGAUCGAGUUUGCCCAUGCCUGGUCUAAAGACUUAGUAGCACCUCGUUUUGUUCCAUUACUUAGUCUUGACUCAAUCUCAAAUUAUAAAAGCUUAUCCUGCAGAGAGAUGCUGCCUCUCCUAAUGCAUGUUCUCCACUACCAAGAGAAAAUGCCAAAUUGUUUCUCUUCCUGCAGAGCCUUGUUCAGGAAACAAGACAAUCAAACGGUGCCUAGGUCAGGAUUUUUCAAACUGAGGCAGAGGAACCCCAUUCUGAUACUUUCAAUUCAAUUCACCUUUAUUUGUAUAGCGCUUAUGCAAUGUAGAUUGUGUCAAAGCAGCUUCACAUAAAAUAUCACGGUAAAUUGAGACAGUGUAAUUCACUUUUCAAAGUUAAGUUCAGUUUAGCUCAGUUCAGAGUGGUUUAAUAAUCAGUGCUGAGGGUUCAAACACUGAUGAGCAAAUCCAUCGAUGUGCAAUUCUACUGAUCCCGAACCAUGCAAGCCAGUGGCGACGGCGGCGGGAGCAAACCUUGCUGAGAUAUAGGCUCACCUCAGGGUACUACAGGAGCCUGUAGGGGGACCAUAUGUGUUUUAUAGUUUGUAGCAGGGUUAGUUUUGUUUUUAAUGUCUGUAUGCAACACUUUUCAAAUUGUUUUAUUUUUUUAAUGCAGUGUUGUAUAGUUGUACCAUCUAAAAAUAUGAUUUUUAAGGACUAGUUAGAAAUUAUAAAAUCAAGCUUGUUUACCUAUUGACAGCCCUGAUUUUUAUGUGCACACAUAUAAAAAAGA